AUGGCGACCAUGACGAGCUUGAUCGGUCUCAUCAACAAGAUCCAACGCGCCUGCACGGUGCUAGGCGACCACGGCGGCGAGGGAAUGUCCCUGUGGGAGGCGCUUCCCACCGUCGCGGUGGUUGGAGGACAGAGUUCAGGGAAAUCUUCAGUGCUGGAAAGUGUUGUAGGGAGGGAUUUUCUGCCACGUGGAUCUGGUAUUGUCACACGGAGGCCACUAGUGCUGCAACUUCACAAGACGGAAGAUGGGAAACAGGAAUAUGCCGAGUUUCUUCAUCAACCAAGGAAGAGAUUCUCUGACUUUGCUGCUGUGAGACAAGAAAUUUCAGAUGAAACAGAUCGUAUAACUGGGAAAACAAAGGCAAUUUCAAACGUUCCAAUUCAACUCAGCAUAUAUUCUCCACAUGUCGUGAACUUAACCCUCAUCGACCUUCCUGGAUUGACAAAGGUUGCUGUAGAGGGACAAUCAGAGUCUAUCGUUCAAGAUAUUGAGAACAUGGUCCGCUCUUAUAUUGAGAAGCCCAAUUGCAUUAUAUUGGCCAUCUCUCCUGCAAACCAAGAUAUUGCUACUUCAGAUGCAAUAAAAAUUUCAAGAGAAGUUGAUCCUUCAGGUGAAAGAACAUUUGGGGUGUUGACAAAACUUGAUCUUAUGGAUAAAGGAACUAAUGCAGUUGAGGUUCUCGAAGGAAGACAGUACAGGUUGCAGCAUCCUUGGGUUGGAAUUGUCAAUCGUUCACAAGCUGAUAUUAAUAAAAAUGUUGACAUGAUUGUUGCUCGAAAGAAGGAGCGUGAAUAUUUCGAGAGUAGUCCCGAAUAUGGACAUUUAGCACAUAAAAUGGGGGCAGAAUAUUUGGCCAGACUUCUAUCCCAACAUUUGGAGAUUGUUAUUAGGCAGAAGAUACCCAGUAUCAUUGCCUUAAUAAAGAAAGCCAUUGACGAGCUUAAUGCAGGGCUAGACCGAAUUGGCAGGCCAAUAGCUGUGGAUUCAGGGGCGAAGCUAUAUACAAUUUUACAGAUGUGUCGAGCAUUUGACAAAGUAUUUAAAGAACACCUGGAUGGAGGCCGUCCUGGUGGGGACCGGAUAUAUGGUGUUUUUGACCACCAAUUACCAGCUGCUUUAAAAAAGCUCCCAUUUAAUCGUCAUCUUUCCGUAAAGAAUGUUGAACGAGUAGUUACAGAAGCGGAUGGUUAUCAGCCACAUCUAAUUGCUCCAGAGCAAGGCUACAGAAGACUUAUUGAAGGAUCUAUCGGCUAUUUCAAAGGCCCAGCGGAAGCCUCUGUGGAUGCUGUCCACCUAAUUCUGAAGGAGCUUGUUCGGAAGUCAAUUGCAGAAACUGAGGAAUUGAAGAGGUUUCCCACCCUUCAAGCUGAUAUAGCUGCUUCUGCAAACGAUUCUUUGGAACGAUUCCGUGAAGAAAGUAGGAGGACUGUGAUCCGGAUGGUGGAUAUGGAGUCUGGCUAUCUAACAGUGGAAUUUUUUCGGAAGAUGCAUCUUGAACCAGAAAAAAGUUCAGAUCCAAAGAACCCAAAUCGAAGUACUCCUAAUCCCAAUGUGGAUACUCACUCAGAUAGUCACCUCAGUAAAAUUGGGUCAAAUGUUAAUGGUUAUAUCAACAUGGUUUGUGAUUCACUAAAACAUUCUAUUCCGAAAGCGGUGGUUCAUUGUCAAGUUAGAGAGGCAAAGAGAUCAUUGCUAAACCAAUUUUAUGUUCAAGUUGGGAAAAGGGAGAAGGAUCAAUUGGGGGCGUUGUUGGAUGAAGACCCAGCACUUAUGGAAAAGAGAUCACAACUAGCUAAAAGGCUUGAAUUGUACAAGCAAGCUAUGGAUGAUAUUGAUUCUGUGGCUUGGAAAUAAUGAACAUACUUCCCAUCCAUUACAACGAAUGCUAAAGCUUCAAUUUUGCGCAUCUACUCUACAACGAAGAGCGGUCAGAGAUAAAUUAUUUCACUAUUUAUUACUAAUUUUUUAUCAAUCUGGAAAGCUAAAAGCAUAGUUGCUGCAAUAAGUAGUAAGUAACUGCACACUAGCACGUAAAUUCUUUUGCCCAUAUAAAGUGGAAGUUUAUGUUUUCCCUCUUA